AUGAGCGAUGUCGAUGUAAUUCAAAAAAAGGCAAAUUCGGAUACCUCAACUAAAACUUAUAGAUAUGUAAAUGUAACAGCUGAGACGAUUACUGAUAAGAAAUUCAAGCCCAGGAGACUACCAUAUCCAGAGAUGGAAAAAAUGAUAAAAAAUGAAUUAAACUUAAAUGAUACAUCUCAAAAUUUAAUAUCGCAACAUUCAAAACUGGUGCAUAACAAAUCUCUGCUUGAACCAAGGCAUAAAGAACAAUUGCCUAAUGAUAUACUUUUAUCAGGAGGUUACAAUUCGAAUACAGUGUCUGGUGUUCCUUCCAGUUCAACAACCCAAAUUACAUGUUUAGAUCUACUUUAUAAAGAACCCGAUACAUAUUCUGUGCAGCAUGAACCUAUGCAUAAAGAACAAUUACCUAAUAAUACACGAUUACCAGAAAUUUACUAUUUGAAUACAGUAUUUGGUGCUCCUUCCAAUUCAGCAUACCAAAUUACAAAUUCCGGCCCGCUUUAUGAAGAGCUCGAAUCAUAUUCUAUGCAAUAUGUAUCUUGGCAUACAGAACAAUUGCCUAAUACAAUUUUACCACAAUUGAAUGUAGAAUCUGGUGAUUUUUUAAGUUCACCAAAUCAAAGAAUAUAUUCAGACAUAUUUUAUGAAGAGUCUGAAACAUAUUCUAUGCAAAAUGAUGCAUAUUUUGAAGCACAGGUCGCAAUCUUAGAUCCUAUACCAUUAGUUGAAAGUUUUAACCAUGUGACUAGUGAUAAAAAUUCUGAUCAAGAAACUAAGUCACGCUACCUAUCAGAUUUCGAGCAUGUUAAUUGGUUAUACAAUGAUAUCCAUGAUACACCAAGCAUAUCUCAUUGCAUACCAACCUGUUGCGAUACUGACAAGUGUAUCAUUAAUGAUUUGAACAAGAUGCAAUUUUAA